CUGCGCGAGAAAAAAAACCUUGACUGUGACAGUUCGACGGACGCGUAAACUUCGGAAAAGUUGGCUCUCGGUGAUAAUUUUUCUGGAAAAAUCGUGUAUUUCGUGAAGAUUUUGUGAAAUUUGUGUGUACUUGUGGUGAUAAAGUGUUCUCUGAUAUCAGUGCGUGUUUGUAAAGCUCAAAAGUUCUCGUGAUUUUGAUUGAUUUUCAAUUCAGUUCUGUUUGGAUCGAUUGUUUUGCUCGUUUGUUUACGGUUUUCGCGUCAUCGCCGAGAUCGUUUUGGUCGCGUUUAGUUUUUUGUUUUUUUGGUCGUUCAUCCGCGGUUCUCGUUUCGUCGGUAUCGGUACCCUAAACUAUAUUAAAGACUAAAGAUGCCACCUCGUAAGAAGUCCACAAGCAGCACGGAAUCCAGCACCGCCAGCUCAUCGGAUUCGAGUUCCAGCGAUAGUAGCUCGAGUGGAAGCGAUUCCGGAAGCUCCAGCAGCGAAAGUGAUUCCUCUAGCUCUCAGGAGCCGACCACUACUCGCAUGGGCACGAAUAACUCUAAUGCUAAUGCUCCGAAAACGAACGAGAAAGUUAUGCGUCGUAGAAGUUCGGAAACUGCGGCAUCAGCAGGCAAGCAUCAUGUGCCUGCAACGACUCCAGCUGCAGGGAAAGACGCUGAGAAAGUAGCGCCUCAAAAACAGGCGGCCGCCAAGCAGCAAAAGCUUUCCAAGAGUUCGAUUUCUUCAAGUGACGAUGACCUGCUGGCUGAUAGUAAGCCUGUUGCACAUCCGAUCGUGCAGAAAAAGGUCCAACAAGCGGAAGCGGCCAAGAAGCGUGCACAGGAAAAGCAAUCUGCUUCACAUGGGAAUGCUCCGACAGCAAUUGUCCCUCCGAUAACCGGUGGCAAAGUUCCCCCUUCGGUCAUUAAGCAACAGCAACAAGCUCAGCAGCAUGCACAGCAACAGCAUAAAACAGCUCCCAUGACUAAGGCGGCAGCUAAGGCAGGCAUUGUUGUGAAGGAUGCGGUCAAAGCCAACCCUCCGAUCGGCAAAAAAGGUCCAAGUCCGGCGCUUUCGGCGCCCGCUACCAAAGCAAAAAAGAAGAGCAUUUUCUCACCGGUCAAUUCCUCGGAGUCGGACGAUGAUGGCAAAGAUAAGCACGAACCGAAAGGUCGCCGUACGUCGAGUUCUAGUUCGGUGGGAAACGCUGGAACGGGAUCUGCUGGUGGAUCAGCAACACAGCCCCCCAAAGAGCAGACCGCUUCAGGGGCUCAAUCGUCAGGUGGAACAACAGCCCAACAGCAGCAACGAGGUCGUGGCCGUCCACGAAAAACUCCGGCCGCCGCUUCCUCCGGUCCAGUAGCGAAACCAAUCGCACAAGUCAAACCCCAAGUCUCGGCAGCACCAGCAAAAGCGGCCGCUUCAACGGCACCGAAGCCACAGCCUUCACAAGCCCAGAAACAAGAAGAGGACAUCUCUUCGGCCACUACUUCCUCUACGGAUUCAACUACUUCCGGGUCAUCGGAUUCGGAUUCGGACUCAUCGGAGGAUUCGUCUCCAUCGCAAUCUGCUGCUGCUCAGCAGCUGAAGAAGAGCAACAGUGGCGUGAAGCGUCCUCUGGAACGCACCCCACAAAAGUCCGAGGUCAAGGAAGGUGUUACCGAUUCUGAGGGCGAAAAAGGGGACUCGAAUAAGCAAACUCGGAAGCUGACUCGGUCGUCUAGCACUCGCAAAUCCAAACAUCUUAUUGGAAAGAAUGCCUCAGAGACGGAUUCGGAUGCGGACAGUGUCAAAAGGUCUGCCUCUAAGAGCCCUGUGAAGAAGGCGCCAAUUGUGGCGACCAAGGGCAAAGCUAAGAACAGCAGCAAGAAAAAGGAUGCCGUGGUAAAGGAACUGCUCAUUGAGGAACCGGAACCGGUGGAGAAUCGUUGCCCAUUGCUGCAUUGCGAUUCAACAGGUCAUUUGGGUGGUCAAUUCGAGCGGCAUUUCACCCUCGAAGCUUGCCCCAUGUUCCACAAUAUGUCCGCUCAGCAGACCAGAGAGUUUCUUCAAGAACGAAAACGCCGCGAAGAGGACCGUAAAAAAGCCGUUCCGGUCUACGAAAACUCCAAGAAGGUCCAAACGCCGGAGCAGAAAAUCUACAUGCAAAAAAUUCGGGACAUGCGCGCCAAAUUUAAGCCCAAUCCGCAUCCGGUGGAAAAGCCCCGACCGAUGUCCGAACGGUUGGAGAACGAAAUCGAUCUGGAACCUCGGCUGGAUGGGAUCGUUCCCGAUUACGACCUGCAGUUGUUCCGCGAGGCUCAAGCUGCGGCCAGUGAAAGUUUCGAAAACGAAGUAAGAGAAAUGGUCACCGGGAAGGGCACCCGCUACAUCUCGAUGGGACGUAAUUGCAUGCAGGUGUGGUAUCAGAGUCCCUACCCGGACGAUGUCGCCCGGCUACCGAAGCUGUACUUGUGUGAGUUCUGUUUGCGGUAUCAAAAGUCGGAGGUCGGCAUGAAGAGGCAUGCAGCGAAGUGCGUUUGGAGACAUCCACCGGGCGAUGAGAUUUACCGCAAGGGUAAGCUCGGCGUGUGGCAGGUGGAUGGCAAACGGCACAAACAGUACUGCCAGCACUUGUGUCUGUUGGCCAAGUUUUUCCUCGACCACAAAACGUUGUACUACGAUGUGGAACCGUUCCUGUUCUACGUGAUGACACUGGCCGACAGCGACGGAUGUCACACUGUGGGAUACUUCAGCAAGGAGAAAAAUUCCUUCCUGAACUACAACGUGUCCUGCAUACUGACGUUACCGCCCUACCAGCGCAAGGGUUACGGCCGGCUGCUAAUAGAUUUCAGCUACAUGCUGACACGUGUUGAGGGCAAAAUAGGAUCGCCGGAAAAACCUUUGUCCGACUUGGGACUGAUCUCGUACCGAUCGUACUGGAAGGAUGUACUGCUGGCAUAUCUGUGUUCCCGGGCCGGGACCACGCUUAGCAUCAAGGACAUAUCGCAGGAAAUGGCCAUCAAUUCGUACGACAUCGUGAGCACACUGCAAGCCCUUGGCAUGAUGAAAUACUGGAAGGGCAAACACAUCAUACUGAAAAAGCAGGACGUUCUCGAGGAGUACGAGGAGCGGGUGAAAAGGCGCGGCAAUAUGCCCAAGAUCGAUCGCAGCUGCCUGAAGUGGACGCCGUUCGUUGCACCGACCCCUUCAAGCCCAAGCUCCUAGCGCCAGUCGUACCACCACCAUCAUCAUCAUCUUCACCAUCACCAUUUGCAGCAACAGAACCAUCCCUAUCAUUACUACUAUCAGCAACAUCCGUACAACAAUCAUGGCUAUCAUUACAACAAUCACCACAACAACAACAAUAACAGUUAUGGUGCUAACUAUAACUAUAACUAUAUGGCGGCGAGUGCCCUGCAGUGAUCGGACACGGUCAAAAGACCGUAUUUUAACGCGAGGGUAAUGAAGUGGAAAUGUGAGCGGGGAAUCAACUGAUUAUAUGUAGACUGUAGGUUAGGUAGUGCGCAAUUGUGAAUAAGCUUCAAAAUUUUGAUAAGUGUCUAACAUAUUUAAUGCAUUUCGUAUUGACUUGUACAAAUUAGGAACAGACAUUAUUAUACACACACGUUAGGGAAUAAGAUGUUUAUUGCGCAGUGUAGAAGAUCUAUACAUUUUUAAUAUAGGUUCUGUUACCACCCUUGACUAUCAUUUGCCUGUUGUAUAUUUUUGUUCUACAUGUAACAUAAGGAGAAUCUUAUCUUCUUUUCCCCGUAAUUUUUGAUGAUCAAAAAAAAAAAUAUAAAGGACUUUUCAAUUUCAUGUCAUUGUUCUACAUUUCGAAAAAAAUCUGCUUCAGAACAUCAAACAAAUAACGCUUUGAAUUACGUCUGAAGAUUUUGAUUAUUUUCGCUGAAACCAGGUCACCAUUGGUACAUAUCGUUGAAAUUAUACAUUUUAUCGCUGUUCGCUACCCGCGCAUGCAUACAUUAAGUUCUGCUAUAACUAAGAAGUUCCAGGAGUAAAAUUUAGAUAUUAUCUUCAGAAGAUCUCUUAUGUCAAUCAAACCAUUAUCUCAACUUGAUGGGUUGAACUUUGCCUCUGCUCGGGUAGAAUAUGCCUUAACUAGAAGAAAGGCGCUUUGGUUUGGUUAAAUCACUGUGAAGAUUCUUUACGAAUAUGUGACAGGUUAUUGAAGAGAUUCUAGCGAACAACAAAAUAAUCAAAGCAGCUUGAUUUGGUGCUGCUUUGUGGAUACCUAACAUAUCUGAAAUAAAUUUCUUGCUUGGAGUUUAGUGAAUUCUAAUGAAACCGUUGGAGAUAUCCUAA